AUCGAGGCACACAUCGCACAAAACAGAAGAAGAACCUGGUAAACAUAGGCAGGCAGAGAUUCUCAGUUUUGCCAACCGAUGCGGGGGCACGCAUAAAGAGGGGCCCGUCCUUCGCGACGGAGAUCCACUGAUGGAUUUCAGAACGAAGGCGAAACUGUGCGAAACUACGGCGGCGACGGUGUAAAGUGACGCUUGCGACAUAGUUUUCUUGGAUAAAUUUCGCACGGAGAUGACGGGCUGCUGCGUUCCCGGUUGCAACAACUCGACGAACAAGGGAUUCUCGAUGAGGAGCUUCCCUACGAACCGCGAGCGGAGAGAACGAUGGGCCGCCAGUAUCGGUAUGACGAAUAGGGUACCGAAUGCAAACAGUCGUAUAUGUGAGAUACACUUCGCCGAGGAUAUGUGGGAGAAGGACCGUUGUGAUGGCAAACGCAAACUGAAAUGUAACGCUGUACCGACGAUUUUUUCAUCUCGUUCUAUGCCGUCUGAUGUUUCUGCUUUGCUGAAAAACGGUAACGGAAACAAUAACGUCGUAAAUAUGUACAUCGCUAAUCUGACGGACGAAGGAAAGGUCAAAAUAAAUUGUCAGUAUCAAUUGCAUCCUGACAAUAUCGAACAACUAGAAAACGAACCAGAGAAUAUGCUCGCGUUUGCGAACACGAGAGAAGAAAUGGACUGGAAGAAACGAUGUGAGGAACUGACGCAGUUGUUGAGGAAAAGUGAAAGUAAAUGCGAGGAACUUCGAGAGUCUAUGAAGAGACGCGAGGAGCUGUUUAACAAGAUAAUAAAAAAGAGUUACAGGUGUGGAAAGGUUUUAAAGAAACGCCUGAAAAAACUGAGGGAAGAAAACCAGAUUUACGACAAGUUAAAAAUCAGGCUGUACGAAAUCUUCAAUGAGGAUCAAAUCAAGGCUCUAUCCAAUCAGGGAUCGAGCUGCCGAGGAUGGUCUGACGAGACGAUUAAGCGGGCUAUUCGACUGAGACGUACAUGCGGUAGCGUUGGGUACCAACAGAUUCUAGAUCAAAAUAUUCCUCUGCCCUCGGAACGAACGCUGCGAAGGAAAAUGAACAGUAUUGAAUUGGAUAAAGAUGUAAAAAAUGAGAUUGAAACGACUUAAUAUAGGCAUAUAGGUUUUUACUUUUAUCAUGCUGUGAUUAGAGUUGGAAAGUAACGUGUUUUAUAAAGGUCUGUGUCCACGAUGUUUGAACUUGGUUCAAGCUGUUCUAUAAAAGCUGCGAGUUGAUUGGCUACACAUUUUUCGGGACUAGAACUUGGACCAAGUUUUUGCAUUAUGGACACAGGCCUUAAGAAACGCUUCAUGACGACAAGUAAAUCAUUUACUGUUCCAAUAAAACUUGAUUUUAAUAUAUUUUAUAUAUUGUAGUUAUAUACAUGAUUUAUGUUGUGUAUGUAUUUUGUAUAAUAAUAUAAUAAUACAGAGUGUAACAGAA